AUGGCAUUGAUCGUCCUCCUUGCUUUCUCAUUUCUCCUUCAUGGAUCUCUAGGCGAGUUUGUCUGUGAAAAUUUGCCUACCGAGCUUUGUUCGUAUUCAAUUGCAUCCUCCGGUAAGAGAUGUUUGUUAGAAAACUACGCGACCGACGACGGAAAUGUAAUUUACCAAUGCAAGACAACAGAAGUUGUGGUUGAUACAAUGAAAGAAUGGAUUGAAAGUGAAGAAUGUGUGAAGGCAUGUGGACUUGAUAGGAAUAAUAUUGGCAUCUCUUCGGAUACUUUAUUUCAGCCUAAUUUCUUGACUAAACUUUGCUCAAAUGAUUGUUUUCAAUCAUGCCCUAAUAUUAUUGAACUCUACUUCAAUUUGGCACUUGGAGAAGGAGCUUUUUUGCCUGAUAUUUGUGCAAAACCUCGCCGCGCCCUGUGGGCGGCUCAAAGUUCCGGUGAUGACACCGCCAGUCCGACCGUUGCCAGAGUUGCUCAAGCAUCUGCUCCCAUCUCAAGUAGUGAUGUUGGCCUUGAUUGUGCUCCAACUUCCAUGUGAUAUCUUGUUGUAAUAGGGUAAUUUUUAGAGUGAAAAUUGAGUGUUGAGGAUGAUAUUACUUUGUAUUACUAUAUGUUUCAAUUAAUAACGUUGGCAUUUAUAUUUCUAAAGUUAUUUAUCAAGAUUUUUUCAU